CGCUGACUAUGAGGCACCACUACCUAGUCCUAACGGAUAUAAAGAAAAUAUGACCCCAGUCGCAUUUAUAUCGUCAGAAGAUGAGAGAAUCAAUGAAGGCGAGCCUUUUUGGAUCAAUGAAAUGUUUCCGUUGAACCAGACUGAGUUAGACAAGUUCCUAAACACUGUAGGGAAACAAGAUCUCAAUUAUACUAUAUACGAAGUCAAAACAGAUAGUAUCGUAACAGGGUCUCAGCCAAAGCUUAAGGUAGAUGAUAUGAACAAAAGAGAUAUUUUAUCUAAAACUGAUAGGCUACUCUUAAUCAGAGCCUCGGAUUCACAAACAAAAUCAUGGUUUGCUAACUAUAGAGCAGCGAGGUUUUGGCAUGGGUUAAUAGCAAACAUCUUAGUAACUGUAACUGGAAUUGGUACUUUUGCUUGGGGUAUGCAUCAUGGCGAUAGGGAUGCUAUGGUUACAGGUAUGGGUGCUCUAAUAGGAUCAGCCGUUCUUUCCCAAGGGUUUCAGUCACCACAAUGGCCAGGAUCUGUGGAGAAUGUAAAUGGUGAAUUGGAAGGCCCCAAUUCUGCAAAAAGAACCAGUGAUAGUUUAGAUCAUUUAAUAUCGCAUCUUGGCAUAUCCAAAGAAGAGGAAAUUUCAAGCAUUAUAAAUCAAUGGGAAAUAGUCAAUGGGUUCCACAAACACCAUAUGUUUUCAAAAAAAGAUGAAUUAGGCAGGAAGCAAGAGUUUUUAUUGAUAUUGGAAGGAGCUACUCGAGAAAGGGUCCGAAAGUUAAGUAAACGUGAUGAUCAACAUAUAGUUUACGGUGUUAGAUAUACUUACUACUAUCCUAACCAUGAUCCUGCUUUACAAGCCGAAUACGAGUCCAGUGGUUACGAUGCAGACGGAAUGGCUGACUUCAUUUUGGGAACCAUGGAAUCGCUUCAAAGCAAGGAAACUUGUGUAUAUUUGGACAUACCAGAAUCCGUUUUAAGAAUGGCGGGUAAGAUGGAAUUGCUGUUAUAUGAUUACGUAGAUACAGGUCCAUCGUAUGAUGAUUGCGUAAACAAUUACCCAUGCGAAAGCAGUUCUACAUGGUGCACAAGACAUGAUGAACUUUAAACAUUCUAAAAAUAUAUUUAUUUGUAUUCAAUGGUUACAAC